GCAGAGUGGGAGGCUCUGGACACGGACAUUCGAAAGAGCCGCCUGGAGAACCUCAAAGCCAAGAUGCAGGCGUUGGUGAUACAGAAUCAAGCGGACUUGAAAGAGUUGAACAAGGUCCAAUCGUCGCCUGCAAGGCGAGGUCGCAGCAGCAAGUCCCUUCGUCCUGAGUCGAGCAGCGACAACGAGGAGGAGAGGUCUGAGAGGCUGUGCGAGGCCGAGCCAUCCCCAGAGCCCGGGGCGGGCACCAAGCCAGUGUCAGAGGGCAAAGUCAAAAGGCGCAAGAAAGAAGCGCCCCUGCUCGCAUUGGAGGACAACAAGGACCUUUUUGCCGGCCGCUUUGCCCCUCGGAAGGACCGUUCGGAUAAGAAAUCUUCUCCCCCGGCUCGAGUCUCUGCUGAGAAGGAAUCCAAGACUAAGACGGACGAUGUGUUGCCCUGGUUGCUGCUGGACGAUGUGGAGAUCAAGCGCUUUUUCACGAGCCACGCCGACUUGAUGACACUCUCCGAUUUGAUCCGAAAUGAAGACUUCGCAGAUUCGCUGAGCGAGUUCCUGACCUCAGCUUUUGCGGACGAUUCUGAGUCGCCUUCAUGGUGCAAAGCAGAGCUUGGAGAGGAAGCCCUUAGCAUCUUCAAUCGCUUCUCCUUCAAAGCCAAGAAGAACUUCGACAGAUUUUGUGCAGCGAUGAAAUCUGACAAGGCCACGCUUCUGAGUGCUGCCGCUUUCACUGCCGAUGACGAUGAGAAGGAAGUCGAGGAAUCCCCGAUGAAGCCGAAGCAGCUGUUCGGUACUCUGGAAAGCAUUGAGAGAUUGAACUACACCAUGGGAAGCAUUGUCGAAACAUCCUCUGUGCUGCCUUUCACUUACUACCUCAUCAGUUUUCACACUCACCAGGAGCAUGUUUAA